AUGAACUCCCAGAAGAUUGCCCAGCAGUCGCUGCGACGGCUUGCCGUCCAGCAGCCUUUCGCCAUGCGGUCCACCAUGAUGCGCUCCCCCGUUGCUAUUGCCCUCGGACAGAACAUCCAGAAGAGACAAGUGACUUCAUCCCCCAACACCCCGGAUCACAGCCAGAUCCUCGUCCAGCAGCGUCUUCGUCGCCCCGUCGCUCCCCACCUUAGCAUCUACAAGCCCCAGAUUACCUGGAUCGGCAGUUCCCUGCACCGUAUCACCGGUUUCGCUCUCUCCGGCUCCCUCUACCUCUGGGCCACUGCCUACCUUGCCUCCCCCGCCUUCGGAUGGCACCUUGAGUCGGCCUCCAUGAUUGCUUCUUUCGGUGCUCUUCCCGUCGCCGCCAAGGUCAUCUUCAAGUCCAUUCUCGCCCUUCCUUUCACCUACCACUCUAUGAACGGUCUCCGUCACUUGCUCUGGGAUACCGGCCGUGGUCUGACCAACCCUGCCAUCAUCAAGACCGGCUGGGCUGUUGUUGGUCUCAGCGUGGCCAGCGCCCUCGGUCUUGCUUUGAUUUAA